AUGGACGGCAAACUUGCAGCCGAGUUCUCUGUUCCCAUGCGGGAAAACCGGGCCAAGGCCAGGGGCAAGACGGCCGUCACCGCCGCUGCAUGCUCGGUGCUCGGGUUGAUGGCGCUUAUCAAGAGUAGCUUCAUACCGGCUCCCACUUUUGGGUCCCCACUGGUUUACCAGCCGCAUGUUUCUGGGAACUGGAGUUGGUCAAGCAUCAAACCUAGCAAGCGCCUUGAGUGGCAUCCAUGUUUUGAGGAUGGAGAAUACGACUGUGCCAGACUUGAUCUGCCUAUGAACUGGCUUGAACCAACUGAGGACCAUCGCGUUGUUCUUGCAAUCACUAGAAUACGUGCCACGGACAAGUCUAACUACAAAGGACCAGUAUUCUUCAACCCUGGUGGACCCGGUGGCUCUGGAGUGUGGUCAUUGAAGCAUCAUGGAAAGUACCUUCAAGAAAUAAUGGGCGAAAACCAUGACCUCAUCAGCUUCGACCCCCGAGGCAUUGGUGCUUCUGUACCCAGGCUUGAGUGCUGGUCUUCACCGCAACAACGUGAGACCUGGGGCCUACAGGACCCUGGCCUUCCUGACGCUCAUGAGGGUGCCCUCGCAGAAAGCUUUGUCAGGGGAGUUGCGUAUUCCCAAGCUUGUGAGAAUAACAUGAAAGGUUCAGGUAUUCUCGAGCACAUCGGCACAGUUUCGUCUGCAAGAGACAUGCUCGAGAUCGUCAACCAGAUUGGCUACGACAAGCUCAAGUACUGGGGCUUCAGCUACGGCACCAUUCUCGGUGGAGUAUUCGCAUCCAUGUAUCCUGACAAGGUGGAGAGAAUGGUCAACGACGGCAACGUUGAUCUCAGGGAGUGGUUCAACUCACAGCACAUCAACUUCUUGCGCGACACGGACAAGGUCCUCUAUGCCUUCUACGAGUACUGUUACCAGGCAGGUCCUGAAAAGUGCUCGUUCUACGAUACGACGUCGGAGGCGAUUGAAGAAAGGUUCAACAGACUACUUGCGGAUCUGAAGGCACUGCCUGUUCUCAUCCCAGCCGAUGCAGAACAUGGGCCCGAGGUCCCAGCUGUGGUGACCUACUCGAAGGUUAAGAUCCUUCUUUCUUCAACACUUUAUCAGCCUCAGUACAUGUUCGAGGGCUUUGCGAAGAUUCUUGCCGCACUAGAAAAGAGAGAUGGCCGACCUUACUACGAGCACUACAAUCCGACCAAGCCUUUGGCGGCACCUCUCUGUGGCCCGCGACCGGUAUCUCCGUUUGAGCCCUUUCCCGAAAUUCUGGAGGGAACGGAUGAUGCCUUCCCAGUUAUCAUGUGUGCCGACCACCCUCCGGUUCAUAACCUGACGCUGGAAGAAGUGAAGAGACAGUCGCAAGAGUUGAUCGGGCUUAGCCCGGCCACAGGGUCAAUCAACGUCCCUUUUCCAAUGACUUGCAACCAGAGGAACAUCCGUCCCCGCUGGAGAUUCGAUGGGCCAUUCGAGGGCAAAACGAAACAUCCCAUCCUGUUCAUCGCCAAUAAGUACGAUAACAUCACGCCGCUCAUCAGCGCAAGAAACAACUCUGCAGGCUUCCCUGGGUCAACAGUCUUGGUUCAGAAUUCUUAUGGCCACACGACUCUUGCUGCACCUUCGACAUGCACCAAGCAGUACAUCAGGGCGUAUUUCCAGAAUGGUACAUUGCCCGAAGAGGGAACGGAAUGUGAGGGAGAUUCGUAUCCAUUCGCAGCGGAGGCUGUUAGGACUCAAGUCCGUCUGUUUCAACCAAGACUUCAUUUCUGA